AAAACUUGUAAACAACCAAAAUGGCCGUCGAAUGAUUUACAAAUACAAAAUCAUGAAAAUGGAUUUUGUAUCGACUUUCGUGUUAAUAAGUACCCUGUGUAUAUCAGUUUCCAAAGGUUCACUGCAGGCAGUGUACUUACCGUCAACAUGUUCCUCGCCUCAGGCAUCCUCUUUCACAACUAGCAUGAGGGUACAGUCGAGCACUGCUCUGACGUACAGUAACGACGUCAACUGCGUCAUCACCGUCACAGCGCCCUCUGGACACAAAGUUCUAGCCAUACCUAGGAGAUUUGAACUCGAAGAGCAAAGAUCUGGAGCAUGCGUGGACUAUCUAAAUUUUUACGAUGGCACUUCUACUGGUUCUGCAAAGAUAAAUACGCAGCCUUAUUGUGACAGAGCUGGACCGCAUAAUGUCAGCUCUUCCUCUACGGCAAUGACCUUGGAAUUUGUCACCGACAGUAGUGCGCGGUACAGGGGAUUCGAUAUUAUAUUUGCAGCCAUCAAAAAUGCACCAUGUGCCACAGAUUAUUUCGGUUGUAGUAAUGGACUCUGUGUAGACAGAACCUUGCGAUGUGACAGUUUUAAUCAGUGUGGGGACGAAUCGGACGAAAAUGCUUGCACAGCGGAGGAGCUUGGUAUUGUUGACGAUAAUUCAGCUCUGAUUUAUGGACUAGCAUUUGGCCUGGGUUUUCUUGUUAUACUAAGUAUCCUUAUUGGAGUUUUAGUUUACAGACAUUAUAAAUGGAAACGUUUUUUGAGAGAACCUAUACCUAAGGACCAUUAUCAAAGCUCUUCUAGUAACUAUCCUGUCACCAAGAAAUAUUACAAACGAGCUUACCAGAAUUAUGCAUACAAAAGCGUAGACUCACGACUUCCUUCGCGCAUGUCCAAUGACUUUGAAACGGAUGACGACCUUGACGUGGGGUCAAGGCCUGUUUCGUCAACUUCAUCCUCCAAACAGCAUAACCUUACAGUUCCUGGACCAAACCACGGAAAAGUGAACUUAAAGACAAAAACGGGAGCUAGCAAUUGUUAGCUAAAAUUGUAUUUUAUCUUAAGAUAUUCUUACAAUAAUGUUGGGCUUUUGUCUUAAAACACCUUGUAUGAUAAAAGCGGUAUAUUUGUAUAUUUUUGCUCAUGUUAAGGUGACAAUUUCGUGUAAAAUAUUAGACAAAUUAAUAUUUCAUUAAGGCAUAAAAGUUUGUUUCCAUGUGUCAUGAAUAGUGCAAUAUAACACGAGUUAUGGAACGUAGCCUUUCAUUUAUUCUACACCCAGUUCAAUUUGUCAUUAUUCUAAUCCUAUUGAGAGCUCUCUAUACACUGCACUAAAGGAUUCUGGUUUUGUGGUAUUUUUAUGCAGAUUGAAUAAUCUCCCUUUUGAUCUACAAUACAAUAAAUUGUAAUGUACAGUGUAUUACUUAGUUUGUGAUCAAAUGAAGCAUUCAUAACAUUUUAAUAAGCCAAGUUGAAUAGAUUGAACUCUUUAUUUGCAGGUACAUGUAAUUUGCCCAUUUAAAGUAAACAAAAUUGUAGUGAUUUCUGUUCAUUAAUACUUUAUUGUCUUUGAACAUUUUUCCAGGGGGUUAAUGCAAAGUACCCUAUAUUGAAAAUGUAAAAGAUGUACUCAAUAUUUACACACUAUAAUUUACUCAAGGUCCAAAAAAAACUUUUCCUUAAGUGUAUAGAGAGUCGUUAACAACUGUGCAAUGCAAGCAAAUAUUUAAUGAAUAAAAUUCUUUGUUUUUCUGUAAAUUACAAAUCAUUUUUCGCUGGCGAAAAUUAUUAUAUUAAUAUAUAUUAAUCAUUUAAUAAAGUGAAAAAAAACGUUU